UCGUACGUUUGAGGUUUAUGUACGUGCGUAGGAUGGGCAGCGAUUCUCACAGUAUUAGCCCAGCAAGCGACGCAGAAGGCCGAAAGCUGAGUUUUGUGAAGAAAAAAUGGGGAGUGUAAUUGUUUUGACGAUGGUGGAGGUUAUUUUGUCCCUCCUAAUAAUCGUAGCCUUGGGUUUGGUUUCUGCUAUUUUCUUCGAAGCUUAUAGAAGGAGACUCAACAACGCGCAUGUCGAAGCCCCCGCGAUCUUCGAGGAUCCCAAUUCGUUGAAACAGGUUCCUUGCCCUUCAAUUUUUGAUCCAUCAGAAAAGUACAUAUCUUUGAUAAUUCCUGCAUUCAAUGAAGAGCACAGGCUUCCUGGUGCUCUUGAGGAAACCAUGAAUUAUUUGCAACAGCGUGGAGCAAAGGAUAAGUCAUUUUCUUAUGAGGUGGUGAUUGUUGAUGAUGGAAGUUCUGAUGGAACAAAAAGAGUAGCCUUUGAAUUUGUAAGAAAAUACACCGUUGACAAUGUGAGGGUUAUCCUUCUUGGUAGAAAUCAUGGGAAGGGAGAAGCUAUCAGAAAAGGAAUGCUUCAUUCACGUGGUGAGCUACUUCUAAUGCUGGAUGCUGAUGGAGCAACCAAUGUUAAUGACCUAGAAAAACUAGAAAAUGAGGUCCAAACAGUUGCAAGAAAGGAAUUUAAAUUAGGAGAUUCAGCAUCCAGAGACUCAAAUUUUAGAGUGUCGGAUAUCCCAAUUUCUGCUUUUGGUUCCCGUGCUCAUCUUGAGGAUAAAGCCCUGGCUACAAGGAAGUGGUACCGCAAUUUUUUGAUGAAGGGUUUCCAUCUUGUGGUUCUUUUGGCAGCUGGUCCGGGAAUCCGGGAUACACAGUGUGGUUUUAAGAUGUUUACAAGGUCUGCUGCAAGGAAGCUUUUCACUAACAUCCGUCUGAAAAGGUGGUGCUUUGAUGUUGAGUUGGUUUUCCUAUGCAAAUGGUUUGGCAUCCCAAUGCUUGAGAUAUCUGUGAACUGGUCUGAAAUUCCUGGAUCCAAGGUGAACCCUUUGAGCAUACCCAACAUGCUUUGGGAGCUUGUGUUGAUGUCUGUUGGAUAUAGGACACGUAUGUGGAGAAUCAGUACCUGAACGAUCAUAACGGAGUUUAAUUUAGGAGAAAAAGCAUGUUGGUCUUGGUGGUUUUUUUAAUUCUACUUCAGUGCUAGUGAAAAAAAAGAAGCUAAAUACCUUAAUUAGGCAACAUCAUCGGCAUACAUUUGUUACCUUCAAAAAGCAUGUGCAAGAGGGAAAAAUGACUUUUAGUUUUGUUGAACCAUGAGCUUAAGAUCUAACCAUGUGAUUUUAAUUUCUGUGGACUA